AUGGAGACACUCGGCCAUCAAGAUCAUCAUAAUCACCACAGCGACAUCUUUCCAAAUAAGAUGGCGGUUAUCCGGCUCAAUAACACGGAUUUAGAUGAUGAUCUUGUGUCAGAUGCAGGGACUGUUGAAGCUCAUCGCAGCUCCGGUCUUACUCGCUCUGCAUCUCUUCGUUCCUACCGGCGGCAAAGUUCUCUCUUAAAAAGCUCAGCAUCACGUUUAGAAUCAAAAUCUUAUGCCAAGCAUUCAGCCGAGCUCACUGCACAAGCCGAAAGCAAGUUCUUGAUCUUGAUGGAUGUCAUUUCUAACGCAUCUAAGGAAGCUUCUUCACUCAAAGCCGUUUGGGAGAACAUGAAGCAUGAACGCGAGCUGCUUCUCCAGAGGCACGAAGAGAUGGUGAACCAGACUACAGAGCUGACCGCCGAGCUCCGGGCACGUGAGGAUGAAAGGUCACGCUCUAGCACCGAUGUGGUUGAUUGGAAAAGGAAAGUCGAGAAGCUUUUAACAGACCUUGCUGCUGCCCAUAGAAGUGUGACUGCUGAAAAGGCACACGUCCAGGAGCGUGAUAAGGAUAUUGAGAGGAUCCGCACGGAACUCCGAGAGGUUCGAGACUCGGGAUUCCGCAAAGAUAGUCAGAAUGAGCGUGAGCUCGAGCAUCUUCGAGCUAGACUCAAGCAAACUGAGAGUGACCGUGACGCCAUCACCCAGGCGUCGGAGAAAUACCACCGAGACUUGAACAAAGCCUGUAGGGAACGCUCCGAACUGGCUUCUAAACUCAACGAAAUUACAACCAGCCACGAAAUCAGCCAGAAAGAUGUUCUGUCACUGACUGGCCGGCUCAAGAUCGUCGAAGCUGAACGCGAAACCUCCCUUCAGACCAUUGUCCGGUUGAAGGAAGAGGUUAAGCGAGCCAAGCAGAAGAGUUCUGAAGACUCACGAGAUGCUAUCGAGGCUAUAGAGAAAUUCGAAAAAGCUGCACGCGAGUCUGCCAGAGUAAAGGAAACUCUGGGUGUCAUCGAGGUCGAGCGAGAUGACCAUCUACGAACUAUUGAGACUCUGCGCCGCCAAUCCAAGGCUCAAAAGCUCGAUUAUGACGACUUGGCCACUCGAUUCGCUGAUGUCUCUCGAGAUCAUGAGGCAACAAGGCGUGAAAUCAUCACACUUCAGGAGAACUUGAAGACCUCCGAGGUCUCGCGUGACAAGUAUCUUCAAACAUUGGAGCGCACCCGCGAGUCUUUGCACAGUAUCACCCGCCAACGCGAUGAGCUUACUGAUGAGAUGAGCACUAUUGCCAAGCGCCUAGAUGAGCAGAAGCAGCAGUCUGUCCUGGCCCGUGAGAGUUUGAGCAACGCUGAGGAGAAAAUUUCCGAGCUUCAGGUUGAGAUUACCACUAUGAAAGAAAAGAUCGUCCACGCUCAACGCGAGCGUGACGACGCAUUCAACAAGGGCAACCGUCACCUCACCGAGAUCGACCAGCUCCGUGAGCGCAUCACUGCCCUUGAGCACCAGAAGCGAGACGUCGUUGACUCGCGCACCAAGCUCAGCUCUGAGCUUGAACAGCUGCGCAGCGAGUACAGCCAGAUCACGGAGACAAUGACAUCGUUCCACGACGACUCGGAAGAUAUGGAGCAAGAGAUCGAGAACCUAAGGGCUCUUGUUCACGAAGCUCAAGAACAGCGUGAGCGUGCCGUUAGUGCGCGCGAAUCUGCUGACCGAGAGCGUGAUACCUACAUCUCCAGGUACGACGAUAAAUGUCGGGAGCUCGAGAGGCUGAGGGAAGGCAUGUUGAGCCGCAGCGGCAGCUACUCACACGCGCAUUCUCGCCGCUCGGGAGGAGGGGGCGAGUUUCGCACAACUCGAACCAUCACUUCGCGAUCUGUCUCCCAGCUCGACCACGGCACUUCACAUGAAAAUGGCUUCUCCAACUCAUCUGGCAUUGAGCAUACAUCUCAUAUGGAAAAUCCCACAGAGACACUCAGAGAGACAUCGGUUGCUGCGUAA